UUCCUAGCUAGUAAAAUGGGAAUAGUAGCAACAUUCCGAUCCUGGGCAGGCAUAAUUAGUUUAUGUAAGCCUGGCAACUCUGGGAUCCAGUCUCUAAUUGGAGUACUUUGUAUACCAAAUAUGGAAAUACGGCGAGGUCUGCUUGAAGUUCUUUAUGAUAUAUUUCGUCUGCCUCUACCUGUUGUGACUGAAGAGUUCAUUGAAGCACUGCUCAGUGUAGAUCCAAGUAGAUUCCAGGAUUGUUGGAGACUUUCAGAUGGCUUUGUAGCUGCCGAAGCUAAAACUAUUCUUCCCCAUCGAGCCAGAUCCAGACCAGACCUCAUGGAUAAUUAUUUGGCACUGGUACUUUCUGCUUUUAUUACUAAUGGGCUUUUAGAGGGUUUGGUUGAAGUAAUAACAAGCAGUGAUGACCAUGUCUCAAUUAGAGCUACAAUCCUAUUAGGAGAACUUUUACAUAUGGCAAACACAAUCCUUCCUCAUUCACAUAGCCACCAUUUGCACUGUUUACCAACGCUAAUGAAUAUGGCAGCAUCUUUUGACAUCUCUAAAGAAAAGAGACUGCGAGCCAGUGCAGCUCUGAACUGCUUAAAACGCUUUCAUGAAAUGAAGAAACGAGGGCCUAAGCCUUAUAGUCUUCAUUUAGAUCACAUUGUUCAGAAAGCUAUGGCAACACACCAAAAAAGGGAUCAAUACCUCCGAGUUCAGAAAGAUAUUUUUGUUUUGAAGGAUACAGAGGAAGCUCUCAUGACCAAUCUUCGAGACAGCCAAGUUCUUCAUCAUAAGGAGAAUCUUGAAUGGAACUGGAAUCUCAUAGGCACUAUUCUAAAGUGGCCAAAUAUAAAUCUAAGAAACUAUAAGGAUGAACAGUUACACAGGUUUGUGCGACGACUACUCUAUUUUUACAAGCCCAGCAGCAAAUUAUAUGCCAAUUUGGAUCUGGAUUUUGCCAAGUCCAAGCAACUUACAGUUGUGGGUUGCCAGUUUACAGAAUUUCUUCUUGAAUCUGAAGAGGAUGGGCAAGGAUACUUAGAAGAAUUAGUAAAAGAUAUUGUUCAGUGGCUUAGUUCCUCAUCUGGAAUGAAAUCUGAAAGAAGCCUUCAGAACAAUGGUUUACUAAGUACUCUUAGUCAACACUACUUUUUAUUUAUUGGAACACUUUCCUGUCAUCCUCAUGGAGUUAAAAUGCUUGAAAAAUGCAAUGUAUUUCAGUGUCUUCUUAAUCUUUGUUCCUUGAAGAACCAAGAUCACUUACUGAAACUGACAGUUUCAAGUUUGGACUACAGUAGAGAUGGAUUGGCCAGAGUUAUCCUUUCCAAAAUCCUAACUGCAGCUACUGAUGGCUGCAGGUUGUAUGCAACAAAACAUUUAAGAGUAUUAUUAAGGGCCAAUGUAGAGUUCUUCAGUAACUGGGGAAUUGAGUUGCUAGUGACCCAGCUGCAUGAUAAAAAUAAAACAAUUUCCUCAGAAGCUCUUGAUAUUUUAGAUGAAGCAUGUGAAGACAAGGCCAACCUUCACGCUCUCAUCCAGAUGAAACCAGCUUUAUCUCAUCUUGGAGACAAAGGUCUGCUUCUCCUUCUUAGGUUUCUGUCAAUUCCAAAGGGGUUUUCCUAUCUUAAUGAGAGGGGAUAUGUAACAAAGCAAAUGGAAAAAUGGCAUAAGGAAUACAAUUCAAAAUAUGUUGAAUUGAUUGAGGAACAACUUAAUGAAGCACUUACAACCUAUCGUAAACCUGUAGAUGGUGAUAACUAUGUUCGUCGGAGUAACCAAAGAUUACAGCGACCACAUGUCUAUCUGCCCAUACACCUUUAUGGACAAUUGGUACACCACAAAACAGGCUGUCAUUUGUUGGAAGUACAGAGUGUUGUUCCAGAUCUCAGUUACACAAUUCGUUCACCGAUGUUGGAUAAGUGGGAAGGAGUUAAGCAGCUGAAGGCAGCCCUUUGGGCCUUGGGUAAUAUUGGAUCAUCAAACUGGGGUCUUAACUUGCUUCAAGAGGAGAAUGUGAUUCCAGAUAUAAUGGCAUUAGCACAGCAUUGUGAGGUUCUCUCUAUUAGAGGAACCUGUGUCUACGUGCUUGGUCUGAUAGCCAAAACUAAACAAGGAUGUGAUAUCCUAAAAUUUCACAAUUGGGAUGCUGUGAGACACAGUCGCAAACAACCAUGGCCAGUGGUUCCAGAUGACAUGGAGCAGCUCUGCAAUGAACUUUCUUCUAUCCCAAGCACUCUGAGUCUAAACUCUGAGUCUACCAGCUCUAGACACAAUAGUGAAAGUGAAUCUGCACCAUCAAGUAUGUUUAUAAUGGAGGAUGACCGUUUUGGCAGCAGCUCUACUAGUACAUUUUUUCUUGAUAUCAAUGAGGAUGCAGAGCAAACAAUUUAUGAUCGAACUGGGCCUAUAAAGGAUAAAAAUCCAUUCCCCUUUUUUGCCUCUAGUAGACUUGUGAAGAAUCGUAUCUUAAAUUCCCUUACUCUGCCUAAUAAAAAGCAUCGUAGUAGCAGUGAUCCAAAAGGGGGCAAGUUGACUUCUGAAAAUAAAUCUGGCAUUAGGCGAAACCGAACAGUUACAGAGCCAUCCAGUAUUGACUUUAAUCAUAGUGACGAUUUCACAUCCCUGUCCAAAGUUCAGAAAACAUUAAGAUUAGAAACUUCUUUUGUUGGAAACAAGCAAAUUGAAGACACUGGUAGCACACCUAGUAUUGGAGAAAAUGAUCUAAAAUUUACAAAGAGUCUCGGUACAGAAAAUCACAGGGAAAACACAAGCAGAGAAAGAUUAGUUGUCGACAACUCUACAAGUUCACAUAUGAAGAUACGUAGCCAAAGUUUCAAUACAGAUACUACAACAAGUGGUAUAAGUUCGAUGAGCUCAAGUCCUUCAAGAGAAACAGUAGGCGUGGACACUACAACAAUGGACACAGACUGUGGAAGUUUGAGUACAGUGGUAAGUACUAAAACUGUUAAAACAAGCCACUGUUCAACACCACAGUCUAACCACCUGCCUCUUUCAAAAUCAAACUCUGUGUCCCUGGUGCCACCAGGUUCUUCUCAUACACUUCCUCGUAGAGCACAGUCCCUUAAAGCCCCCUCUAUUGCUACAGUUAAAAGUCUAGCAGAUUAUAACUUUAGCUAUACAAGUUCUAGAGAUGCCUUUGGUUAUGCUACAUUGAAAAGAUUGCAACAACAAAGAAUGCAUCCGUCUUUAUCUCAUUCUGAAGCUUUGGCGUCACCAGCAAAAGAUGUUCUUUUUACUGACACCAUUACCAUGAAGGCUGGUAGUCUUGACUCAAGGUUAACACCAAGCAGGAUCGAUUUUAAAAAGAAGCAUGUCGGGGGAAUCAGGAGCUUAAGACCUACAAUAACAAACAACCUUUUCAGGUUCAUGAAAGCUCUAAGUUAUGCUUCAUUAGAUAAAGAAGAUCUAUUAAGUCCUAUUAAUCAAAAUACACUGCAACGCUCCUCCUCAGUUAGGUCCAUGGUAUCCAAUGCUACAUAUGGUAGCUCAGAUGAUUACAUUGGACUUGCUCUUCCUGUGGACAUCAAUGAAAUAUUUCAGGUAAAGGAUAUUCCUUAUUUUCAGAAGAAAACUAUACCUCCAUGUGAUGAUCGUGUUAUGAGAGUACUACCUGAUUCAGGAGGUCUUCCAUCUGGUACUGGAGAUCUUGUAAAAAGUCCAUUUCAAAUGCUCCGACAGCAGAUUAGUCUCACAGAAAUAAUGAAUACAAGUCAUUCAGACGCUUCUCAGUUUUUAGAAAAUACAGAAGACACUGGACUUCAGGAACACACAGAUGAUAACUGUCUUUAUUGUGUCUGUAUCCAGAUAUUGGGUUAUCAGCACAAUAACCAAGUGGACUCAACCUAUACUCACACAGACUUCCCAGACAUUCCAUAUUCUGAUUGGUGUGGGCAGACCAUCCAUAAUCACCUAGAUGUUGUUUCUUCAAAGUUUUCUGGGAUUUCAGGAUGCAGUGAUGCAGUAUCCCAGGGUUCAGCCAGUAGCACUAAGAGUACAGAACUGGUACUAGGAGUCAAGUCAAUUCCAGAUGAUACACCAGUAUGCCGUAUACUCCUUCGAAAAGAAGUAUUAAGAUUAGUUAUUAAUUUGAGUAGUUCAGUAGGAACUAAAGGUCAUGAAACAGGACUUUUGACAAUUAAGGAGAAGUUUCCUCAAGCAUUUGAUGACAUAUGUCUCUAUUCUGAGGUUUCCUAUUUGUUAUCACACUGUACUUUUCGACUGCCAUCUCGCAGAUUCAUACAGGAGUUAUUUCAAGAUGUACAGUUUUUACAAAUGCAUGAAGAAGCAGAGGCUGUCUUAUCGACCCCACCAAAGCAACCUAUAAUUGAUACAUCAGCCGAAUCCUGA